CUCCGUGAAACCGCGACCUAGGCCGUACAUCUGGGUCGGCAUCGUCGCCGUCAUCCUCGCUUGACUAACAAGCACCGCUAGAGAUAGUGCUACAAUGCAUCCUAGUUGUAGUUCGCGAGUGCCAUCAACGUCGUAGUGUCCCAUUACCUCCUGAAGUAGAGUGACAACCUGAAUCCCGGGAGCUUUGAAGUUGCCGCCGAGAGCGCGUUUUGUUUAACGUUUAAUUAUUGACGCAGCUCGCCGUGAACGCCGUGUACCGAAAAGUGCAUUCACUAAUUAAUUGAUUCGAAUUUGGGAAAGACGGAGGGCUCCGGCUGGCUUAAAUUUGAAGGGUGGCAAGAGACAGUGUUGAGCAGCAACAAUAGUGAGUGCAAAUUAAAAUGAAGGACUCGACGCUGAAGCAACAUAAUGGCAAGGAUCCGGUGGCCAAAGGCGAACUUUCCGGGGCCGCUGGGGUUACGACGGUUGAGUGCGGAGGACCGGCGGACUUCGAAACUGCCAUCGCUGCAACGGGCUACGGCAAGUUCAACUUCCUGCUGCUGCUGGUGGCACUGCCCUGUUGCAUGUGCACCGUAUUUGAAACGACCACCAUCUCGUACGUGCUUCCGAGUGCCGAGUGCGAUCUGCAUCUGUCGCUCGUCGACAAGGGAACCCUGAAUGCGGUCACCUAUGGGGGAAUGAUCUCAUCGGCCUUCCUCUGGGGCUUCCUCUCGGACAUGUACGGACGGAAGCGGCUGCUGGUGUACGGCUUCUUCCUCGACGGGGCCUUCAGUGUGCUCUGCGCCAUCAGCCAGAACGUGGUCGCUAUUAUGAUCUUCAAAUUCAUGGGCGGAUUUGUCAUAUGUGGUCCGUUCGCCGUGCUGAUGGCCUAUCUGUCCGAGUUCCACAGCCUGGAGCAUCGAUCCCGGGUGAUGAUACUGGUUGGCAUCUACUACAGCAUCGCGAAUGUCCUACUGCCCUCGUUGGCCUGGAUCAUCAUCCCGCAGGAGUGGGGCUUUACGCUGUUCGGCGGAACAUUCGCCAUCCACACCUGGCAGAUCUUCCUGGCCGUAUGCUGCGUGCCGAGUCUUCUCAGCGGCGUCCUCGUGAUGUUCCUUCCGGAGAGCCCCAAGUUUUUGAUGGCCAAGGGACGCAACCAGCAGGCGAUGGCCGUAUUUCAUCGUCUGUACGCACUCAACACCGGACGCAGCCCGCACGAGUAUCCGAUUAAAGAGCUGGUGGAUGAAACCCAAAGCGGGGGCGACCAGGGUGGUGCAGAAAAAGUGACAACCGGUACCGGUGGCGGUGGAGGUGGUGGCAGUGGUUUCCACACUGGAUUGCAGCAAAUUCUGACUAUGUUCCGGAAACCGCACCUGAGGAACUCCCUGCGGGCGUACGGCAUUCAGUUUGGAAUUUUGUUCGGGCUCAACACGUUCCGCCUGUGGAUGCCCCAGCUGUUCACCAUCAUCGAAGAGUACGAAAUGGAUGCGGCCAGCUUGUACGGUUCCGCCCACGAUGGUUCCCUCUGUGACAUGUUGGCCUACAAAGUGAAUAAAUCGAAUGCUCUACUCUUGAAUGGUGCUGGGGCUGGUGGGGUGUCUUCGACCCCGCUCCAGAAUAUGGCCGGAGGCGGCGGCGGUGGCAGCGGAAGCUUUCUCAUCGGUACGGACGACCCGAACGUGCUGGACAUGAACAAAGUCAUCCUAUGCGAGGCGACAAUCGAGGGAGACAUGUAUCUUAACUCAUUAAUCAUCGGUUCCGUCGGUGUGUGUGCCUACAUGGUGACCACUGUGUUGAUUAAUGCCAUCGGCAAUCGGAACAUUCUCGUGUUCGGCUUACUCGCAUCCGGAGCGACCGGUCUGCUGCUGUACUGGUCCAAAAGCUCGCUAGCCAUACUGGCCCUGUCGUCGAUUUACAUCACCGCGGCUAGCCUGGGAUCGACGGCUCUGGUGGGAUCCGUCGUGGCCAUAUUCCCCACUUCGAUGCGAACCAUGGUCGUUUCGCUGACAAUGAUGUUCGGCCGGACCGGAUCCAUCAUCGGCAAUCUGCUGUUUCCCUAUCUAAUGUCCCUCGGCUGUUGGCCGCCGUUUGUCAUGAUUGGCAGCGUACAGAUCGUUGUUGCACUGGCCGCACUAACCAUUCCCAGGACACUGAGGAAACCACUGCAGUGAGCGGCUGUAAGCGCAGUAGCUUUAUGCGGAGACAAUUAGAUCGACUGAAUGAUAGCUGAAUGUAAAGGUGCCCAGCAGUGGCUGGGAGGAUUUUAACGCAGGACAGGAGUUUAAUCGAGUGAGAGUGAUAAGUUUAAUU